CGUUCACUGUGAGGCUGACACUUCCCCUUCCAGAGCUCAAUUUUCGCACGGACUUUUCACUCACUGCCGUGAGUCUCUAAUCGCGUUGCUUACACGCUCACAAUUCCACGAGGGAGCAAAAGAGUAUCUCGGAGCUUUAGAAUGCUGACAGAUGAGGAAGUCUUACUAGUUGGUGGUCGUUGUGAGCUCGCACGGACCUUGACAAGCUGCGUUCAUGGAUUGACUGGCAUUUGACUUUUUCGCGUCUCCCAUUUUUAAAAAUUUUCAUUUUUCAGCAAGCGUGAUUAGAAUAUUUCCUCUAAAAAAUUAUAACAGUGGAUUAUUAUGGCAUCCGUGGGACGGUAAUUAGGAGUUGAAUGAGGAUAUUUUGCCCCCCUCCUUUUAAAACACGGAUUAACCUUUGGAAUAAUAUUUGAAAAAAAUCUUAAAAAUCCAAAUUGGAAAGCAGCUCCUCGCUCCAAUAUGAGGACCCUCACUGCGUGGAUUUGCGUGUGCAGCUUUCUUCUGCGCUUAGAUGAGACAGCGAGUUCAUGGGACGGCUCCUCGGCAUUGUCGGCGCUCCAGGCCGACGGGCCCGAAGUUGCCGGAACGCCGUCGCAAUGGGUGGACUGCAUCCAGGCGAGCGACAUGUGCAACCAGGAUCCCCGCUGCAGUUCUCGAUACCGUGUGAUGCGCCAGUGCUUGGUGGGCAAGGAGAAAGAAGCCAUGCUGGACAACAACCGGGAGUGCCAAGCGGCCCUCGGGGUGCUGCUGGACAGUCCUCUCAACGACUGUCGCUGCAAGAGGGGCAUGAAGAAGGAGCUGCAGUGUCUGCAAAACUACUGGACCAUCCACAUGGGAAUUUCUGAAGGCAGCGACGUGGACGACUCGUCCCCAUAUGAACCAGUGGCCCUGGGCCGACAGCAGGAUGCAUUUCGCUUGGCUUCCAUCUCCUCAGGGAUGCUGACAGUGGCCCCGAAGGGUUUCCACUGUGCCGACGCCGAGCGAACGUGCAACCCUUGCCUUGACGCGGCCAAAGCCUGCAAUCUAAAUGGCACCUGCAAGAGACACCGCUCGGCCUACAUCGCCACCUGCAGCAAGGAGGACCCCAACAAGGGGGAAACCUGCAGCAAAAAACGCUGCCACAAAGCGCUGCGGCUCUUCCUGGACCGCGUCCCCACUGAGUUCAGCCACCGCCUGCUUUUCUGCCCCUGCCAGACGGAGGGCUGCGCCGAGCGACGCCGCCAGACCAUCGUGCCCGAUUGCUCCUAUAAAGAGAGAGAAAAACCCAACUGCCUGGAGCUGAGGACGCUCUGCCGCCAAGACUCUCUCUGCAGGUCCAGGCUGGCCGAUUUCAUGGCAAACUGCCGCAGCAUGCCACCCACGGUGAGCACCUGUCCCAACCAAGACAAUCACCAAGCCUGCCUGGCCUCCUACACAAGGCUCAUCGGGACGGACAUGACGCCCAACUAUGUGGACAGCAGCUUCACUCACUGGACCGUCUCGCCCUGGUGCACCUGUAAAGGCAGCGGAAAUCAGGAAGAGGAAUGUACCAACUUUCUGGGGAGCUUCACCGACAACACUUGCCUGAGAAAUGCCAUCCAGGCGUUCGGUUACGGGCUGGACUACAUGGUCGGUAAGAACGGGUCCCUCGCCGACCCGGCCGCCACGCCGAAGACUGGGCUGGAUCAGUUGGCGGAAUCGACCACCGAGCCUCCCUUUGUGACCAUUGUGAAGUAUCCCGAACCGAGAGACGGCGGACCCGGCAAACCCCAGGGCCUGCCAGAGGAUCACUGCGCCUGUGUGCGUGCCAACGUCUGGGCUUUGCUUCCCGGCCUGGCUUUGGCUCUGCUCCGGGCUCAACAUGCCUUAUAGAAGUGCCAGGAGGGGGAAAAGAGGUCACCCUCCCAUGAGCUGAACCCAAAAGCAGAAGGUGUUAUUUCUCUGACUGAUAUUAGGAAGGCAGAAUGCUGGACAUCUGACAUGAACAAAACAUCCAACAGGAGAACGCAACAAAAAAAUAAAAGCUGUAAUGCUUGAAUUUUACCACACGGAUGGAACACAUGGCUUUACAAAAGGACCUUCGCUAACAUGAGGGCCAACCUUCUACAAAGAUGAUCAAAGACUGACAGAGGUUUAGAAACAAACGCAUUUCUGCUAUCGGUCUGCUUUUUAUCGUGUUUGAAUGGGUUCUUGACUUGAGGGGAUCACAAACAUGAUGAUUACAGCGUGUCUAUUAUAAACUCUAAUCUGUAAAAUUUACUCAGUGUUCUAUGUGUUGGUAUAGUAUCCGUAUCCGUGAACAUUAAAAAAAAAAUGAAGAAUUAAAAAACAAAAAAACAAGAGGCUGAUUCAUUUCGGGUGCUCCAGUGCAGUUUGAUGAAGUCGGUCAAACUUUGUUCGUGGUUCUUUACUCAUUUGAGAUGUUGGUGUUGACAUCCACUUGGACAUAUGAAUAUCUGUCUCUAUGUAUUACAUGAAAAAAAAUGGAAGAAAACAAACACAUUGCUUUCCUUCUGUCAGCCAAAAUGAUAUCUGCAGUACCGUCAAACUCUGAUGACCGUAUAUUAACUUUGGAUUUGCUACUUAUGGAAAGCCUUUAUCUGUGUUUGUGUCUGUAUAAGGAAUGAUGACAAAGAAUGUACACUGGAAUGGAAUGAGAUUAAAUGAACUACGUCUGCUUAGAAAGCUACAAAAUGUGUGCUUGACUUCAUGAGUUCAUCAAGACAAUCAUCGCAGUGUGUUCAAAGUGGAUAAAAUGUCAAUGGGAUCAGUCGCUGGCUUGUGUAGGCUUUUCAUCUCUAAGGCAGAAUCGGAUCUAUUUUUCUCUGUCCACUUCAAUCUGUUUGUGCAGAAUUUUAUUGCUAAGGGUAGUAAAGUAUUUUGCAAAAAGUAGUUUUAUUUGCCCAGUUUGAUGGACUGUUUUAUCUCUAUGCUAAACUGCAAAGUGUAGUUGCUACUGAUCUUAGCUGCGUAUAAAGAUUGGAAAUGAGAAAAUUGUUUGUCUGUUUUUUCACGUCAAUCUCUAAAAUGUCCACUUUAUUUAUUUUUUUUUUUUUUUGUUUUGUAUUUGAACUCAACAGCUGGUCAUACACAACUAACUUCAGCACAGC